AUGUCCGCAUCGAACUCCGGGCCGGUGUCGCUGACGCGAUACCGACCUAUCCUCUACCUUUUCACGGGCGUAGCGGCAGCCUAUGCUCUCCUGUACAUUCACAACAACGUCGUUUCACCGCAGUCAUCCCAAACCCCUCUCCGUCGCCGAAAUGCCCUCCGUCGCACCCGGCGCACCGAAGUCGAAGAGCUCGGUCUCGUGGAUAGCCCGUCGUAUCGCGCAAUAACUCAUCUGGAACAGCUGGAACGUCAGAACGGCGUGUAUGGAACAUUCCGAAUCGAGACAGAAGAUGGACGGCGGGUGGAAAGUGGGCUGCUGCCGUCGCUGCUUGCAACGCGCGACCAGCUGAUGGACGAAGUCGGUGUGCCUCCUGCCCAUGCGGAGCGCAUGCGGGAAAUGAUGGAGGACACUUUUCUCGAAUCCUUUCUGGCGCUGGACUUUCCUGCUUCUCACACCCUGGCCGAAAAUAGCUCGGAGCGAAAUUAUUUGACCGAGCAAUUGCAGCGACGGGGAAUCUCACGAGCCGGUAUCGAAAGAGCUCUGAUCCGAUUCAACGAAGACGAAAACUAUGGAGACGAACUGCGCCGUCGGCGGCAGAAUGGCGAACGUGUCACUCUCUCGACAUCCACAUUCCCUGACGUCCCCGCUCCAUCCCAGAACCCGGAUGGUGCGGAGGCUCAAGGUGAUGACCAGAGCGUUUUCUCCUGGCGCGAUGGAAACAAUGACGCUUCCCCAACACGCGAGGGCCAGAACUUACUCAACUUGCUGUACCACAUUGCUGAAGACCAAGCCCGGCGAGAUGGUUAUAUCCAUCGAGGUGUGACUUGCAACAGCUGUGGUGCCAUGCCCAUCCAGGGCAUCCGGUAUCGAUGCGCCAACUGUAUUGACUAUGAUUUGUGUGAGACUUGCGAGGCAAUGCAGGUUCAUAUCAAAACCCAUCUGUUCUACAAGGUCCGCAUCCCGGCUCCUUUCCUGGGAAACCCCCGCCAGUCUCAACCGGUGUGGUAUCCUGGCAAACCAGCGAUGCUGCCACGGAGUCUUCCGCGACCACUGGCUAAGCGCCUGAUGAGAGAAACUGGCUUCGAAAACACCGAACUCGAUGCGCUGUGGGAUCAAUUCCGCUGUCUUGCGAAUUACGAAUGGGCCGAUGAUCCCAACAAACUGUACAUGGCCAUCGAUCGCAAAACCUUUGACCGAUGUUUUGUCCCCAACACCUCUCUUCGACCCCCUCCCCCGAGUCUCAUUUACGACCGCAUGUUUGCAUUCUACGACACCAAUGGCGAUAACCUCAUCGGAUUCGAAGAGUUCCUCAAGGGCCUGGCUAGCCUAAACAAUAAGAGCAAUGAUGAAAGGCUCCGUCGUGUGUUCCGUGGGUAUGACAUUGACGGCGACGGCUAUAUCGAGCGCCGAGACUUCCUGCGGGUUUUCCGGGCUUACUAUGCGCUGAGUCGCGAACUAACUCGAGAUAUGGUUGCUGGCAUGGAAGACGACUUUCUGGAAGGAGGAGCUCGCGAUGUCGUCCUCGGCAGUCAGCCCAUCAGCUCGGCGUUUCCAGGCAGCAUCCCAUCCGGCGAGGCGUCGCGCAUCGGCGAAGGUAAGCGACGCAACGCAGAGGGCGAUAUGGAGAUUAUCGACAAUGAAGGUAUCUUACGGCGGGAUGGAACCGAUAUUGGUGACCGCCAUCUGGUCGUCGGUGAUGCGGCAGUGAGGGAACAGUAUGGUCGCACGCGGCCAAUGUUCCCGUCUACAUUACGCCUCGCGUCAACCCCGUCGGGGGGUCGCCCGUUCGAUCCCAGGCGUCCUGAGGAUGAGGAGGAUGAGGACGGCAACGAGGCUGAAGACGACGAGGAGGAGGAGGAUGAGGAUGGCAGUGAACCUGACGGAUCCAGCUCUUCGGUGGCAAGCGGUGUUUGGCCGCGGGCAGAACGGGAGGAAGACAUCAUUGAGGCCCUUGGAACGUACGUAUCUCCUCCCCCUGAAUUUUGUGUCCUUUUCGACGAGAGGGCUCAGUCGCUAAUGGCGUUGUUCGACAGACUCCGCGACGAUGAUCAAAGACGUCUCAACGAAACCCGCCGGGAUGGAAUUGACGAGCGUUGGAGACGUCGUGUUUUCUACACCGAUGAAGAAGACGGCGCCACUGUCCCCUCUGGCUACCGACGAGACCCGGAAUUUGAUGACCUUUCCGUCGAUGAAGACGAAUCUACCGACAGUUUACCAAAUGACUCCCACCCUCCGUCCCCUCGGUCGCGAUCCUCUUCCAAGGUCCGGUUCCAGGACGAUCUCGAUGAAUGUGACGUCCGCUCGAAUCCGUCCACUUCCUCACGAAGUAUUCCUGUCGGUGAACGAUGGGGUGGUUUCGAAAUCCCCGAGGUUGAACGGGAUGUCGGCAAAGAGAUUCUGUAUCAAGUGACUCAGCAGGGCUUCAAUGAACUGCUCGAUAUUCUCUUCAAGCCGAAGGAGGAUCUCCUCAUGGAGGUUCGACGCACGCGGACAGACCGUAAACUCUGGGCUCAUGAAAUCGAUCUUGUGCAACAUAUUGGGCCUCAGGAGGACACAAAGGAUGAUGGAAAAGCGCCUCAGAAUGAAGAGGAAAUGCAGGAGGUGACCAGCGAUAGGUCGCUCGAUGAUCUCCUGCAACGUGCGGGGUAUGCUGUCCAGAGCCCCGUCCUCGAGUCGGCCAACCCAGUACUAGUUCCUCCCUUGCCCGAUUCUCUGUCCGCGGAUGAUGAUGUCCCACCUGUGCAUUUUUUCAAUCCCGACCGAGAAGAUUUCCUCGGCCAGGACCACUCUUCUGAGCACGAUGAAGACAAUACGGAUGAGACGAACACCGCUUCACUUGGUUCCUAUGAAGUCAACGAGCGGAUGCCGAACACGGAAGGCGACUCUUUCAAAGAGGAAUCCUCGGACGAAGAAUCAGAGUCGAGCGUCGAGGACUUCUCCAUCAACUAUGACCCUACCCUUCCACAAUUCCGGCCCGAUGCGGACGCAGAGCGUCCUCGUCUGUCUGUGCAAGAAGAGUCGACCGAAACCCAAUCCCAAACGUCGGCGCACGCCACGGCCACUGCCAACCUCCCUGAUCGGUUGCGCCUCCAGCCAAACGGUACCCCCUCGCUUCCUGCGCCGCCCUCCCCUCACAACUCCUCGCCUGAAGCAGAAGCCACGGCGCCGAAAUUGCCUCCUUCUCCCAUGCAACCAUUGCCGCCGCCCUCCAAGCCCGUCAGCCCGGCUCAACCUUCCACCGCCACGUGCCGGCCAUCCCAGCGUACUCUUGCCCGCUGGGCCUAUUUGAACCAAGUGGAGCGCGAGGCCAAGGAACGAGGUGGAAAUGGAGCGAGACUCAACUUUGAAGAGUUUCAGCGCCGGAUGUCUGCCGACAAGGGUCGCCGCUUGGCCUUUGUUGCGAGCUGGAUUGAGAUGGCCAGCUUUUAG